UAUUGAAUACUAACUUUGGAGCUGCUCAUUUUCACUUGAAUCCUCCUCUCGAAUCGUCAAUGUCUUUGUUACUCCCAAAAUGCUCAGUUCUUGCUACAUCUCUUUCUCUGCUGCAUCAAUCUCGCAGAACUAGAAGAGCAUUCUGUCUCAAAAUGUCGGCAGAGUCCCCGCCGCAGCUCACUCAGUCUCUCGUUUUGGCGAGUCAACCCGGCCAACCCGUCCAGGUCGUCGCUGCCCCUGGCGUCUCCGAUUCCGAUUUCAGGAGUGCUAUUGAUUCCUCAUUGUUUAAGCAGUGGCUAAAGAACUUGCAAUCUGAAACUGGGAUUUUAGGUAGCGGCGGUUUUUCAUUAAAGCGAGUACUUGUUCAGGGAGUGGAUAUGUUUGGACAACGCAUUGGCUUUCUAAAAUUCAAAGCAGAUAUUUUUUGUCAGCAAACAGGGAGUAAGGUUCCAGGUAUAGUAUUUGCACGAGGACCAGCUGUAGCUGUGCUAAUUCUUUUGGAAUCUGAGGGUGAAACUUAUGCUGUUCUUACAGAACAGGUUAGGGUCCCCAUUGGGAGGCUUGUUUUGGAAUUACCUGCUGGGAUGCUGGAUGAUGACAAGGGUGACUUUGUUGGUACUGCAGUUCGUGAGGUUGAAGAGGAGACUGGUAUUCAUUUGAAUCUGGAAGACAUGGUUGACCUCACAGCUUUCCUGGACUCAUCCACUGGAGGCAGAGUUAUUCCUUCUCCAGGAGGAUGUGAUGAAGAAAUUAGCGUGUUCCUUUACAGAGGAUGUGUUGAUAAAGGUGUUAUCACACAGCUACAAGGCAAAGAGACGGGCCUUCGUGAUCACGGUGAGCUGAUUAAGGUUCGUGUGGUGCCCUAUGGUAAUCUUUGGCGCAUGACAUCUGAUGCUAAGGUUUUAAUGGCAAUUGCACUUUAUGAGAUGGCAAAGAAAGGAGGACUUUUGCCUUCCAAAGCCCGAUCGCCAAACUCCUCAAUCUAAUAGAGAAGUCUCAUUGUCUGGUUAUUCAGUUUUACGUUUAUGGACUUCUGAGCAACCAUUUUUGCAUCGACUAGUACAUUAGCAAUUUCGUAUGAGCACUAGCGUAGUCACUGGUAACACGAUUGACGUAUUUAGACCGUUGAUUUAUGUGCAUGUCAUCUUUUAAUACAUGUUGGACUUGCGGGAAUCAACGGGUCCGAAUGUGUUGCUUGUUUUAUCCGACGCUAGCAUUUCCCAUGCUUUUUUUAAUGAUAAUCAUAUAUUAUUGGGUUAUUA